AUGAACAGCGUCAACGUCUCACGAACGGAUUCACCCAGUAUCAUGGAUCAGGGGCAUGCCAAGCCUUCUUACCACGCUAUCUUCCACGCUGGCGCCGAGUUUCCACGGUUCGCAAUAUCUUAUCGCUGGUGGGAGGACGAGGCUACGGCUGUUUUAUGGGCUUUCAAUAUCCCGGCGAUCUGUCAAGUCAUUCGCUACGGAUUGUUUCGGGACGAAAAUUUUCCUCGCAACUCGCUGCUUAGUCGCAAUACAGAUACCAUCGACGCAUUCCUUGUGAAUCUGGCGCGAAAUGAGGAGCACCAACUUCUCGGUAGCCUUUCUCACGUGCAAAGAGUGGAGGAAAUCUUGCGGCGAUCCCGGAUCACGCCCUUCAAACCGGUGGCCUGGAUGUGGUUCCCGCCGCAGCCUGGUCAUGGUCAGACUGUUGAAGAGGUCGCUAAUGCUAUCGAGGCGGAGAGUCACCACCAAUUCCGGAAGAUCGCGUUCGAAGAAAUUGUUCGUGCCUCACUUGGGUACAAUGCGCCGUCGGUCGAAUGGUUCCUGCUUCAACACACUGUGCUUUAUAUUUACUUGGUCGAUCAUCUGAGGACAUACCCAGAAGAGCUUCCAUUAUAUCUCGCAGUGCAGGAGAACCUGCGCGACCAAAGCCCUUUUGCCCGUCGAGCACUUAUACAUGCCUUGCGGGCCGUGAACUCAGAUGCUGCGAGAAAUUUGCCGCAGUCGUUUUCCCCCGGAUUCUCCUUCAUUGCCGAGCCCGUGCAGGCGUUGUUCAAAGAUCAACCGCCAAGUCUGACCACCAUCCUGAAAAUAUUGAGUGUUCUCGCAAUUCGAUUCAGACGCCGAUAUGUCCAUUGCGCUCGAAUGGAGUGGCGCACGCCGCUGGACACGUCAAUUCUCUUUCUGGAAGAUUGUUUAAACGCGACCUCGCCCCGGAAUCUGGCACGGACAAUGACAGGAACCGAUGAGCUAGAUUUUUCGGGGCUAGCUCGUCAGAACAUUAUCACCAACGACGUGUUUGUGCAGGCAAUUUUGACAAAUUGGCACGAUCUCAUCAUGUCGGUGUGGGAAUGCUGCGUUGCGCUACCAGAAGUCGUCCCGUUCCUGCAAGAAUGUACACAAAUACUUCUCGAGACAAGAGAUUACCAUUCUCUCACAGCUGUCGCCAUCGGACUGCAAAGAUACAACAUCGGGAAUGUACAGUCCAGAGGCCUGAACCGCCCAGGAAGCGGUAUAAUCAAUAUUGAUCCGGUUCUUCCGCCCGAGGUCAAUGCGAUUCUCAACACGGCCCAAAAUUAUGCAUCUUAUCGCCAACAAUACCAACAGAAUCCAGGAAUACCGUUCCUCAUACCCCAUCUCAGUGAAUAUCAGCUUCAUGGAGAAUCUGCCAUUCAGGAUUUGCUCGGGUAUUUACAUCAUCAACUGUCAGUCGAACCAUAG